CCCUUCUUCCCCUCAGAAGCCCCGAAAUCCCAGUCUGUCGCUCCCCCGCUCCCCGAAAUUGCGCGGCCCGGCAGCGGACCCGGGCUUUCUGGGGACAUUCAACGUCAUCGUCUCAAGUGUUUACAAUCGGCGACGACUUCAAAUACAUCGCGACAUCUAUCCAGGACUCGACGCAACCAAAAUAAAAGGAAAAAAAAUCAAAAUUGAGAAAAAUCGCCCAUCAUGAUUGACAUGGCCCUCGACCACGGCUCCCUCGAGCACAUCCUCCCUGUUUCGUGGAAGUCCCAAAUAACAGCCUGGCUUGCUGAGGACACUCCUUCGUUCGACGUCGGCGGUUUCGUUGUCGGCGACGCGCCGCGCACUGCCACUCUCUGGGGGAAGUCGCAGGGAAUCUUGGCCGGCGUGCCCUUUUUCAACGAGGUGUUCAAGCAGUGCGGCUGCACCGUCGAGUGGCACGCGACCGAGGGCUGCCACGUCGAGACCCACGGCGGAAAGAGGGCGCUGGCGACCGUGACCGGUCCCGCCCGCGGCCUGCUCGAGGGCGAGCGUGUGGCCCUCAACAUCCUGGCCCGCUGCUCCGGCGUGGCUACGCAGAGCCGGCACCUGCUGGUGAACCUGCGGAGUGCCGGCUACAAGGGGAUUGUGGCGGGUACUAGGAAGACCACGCCCGGAUUCCGUCUUGUCGAGAAGUACGGCAUGCUCGUCGGAGGAGCCGACACCCACCGCAUGGAUCUCAGCACCAUGACCAUGCUCAAGGACAACCACGUGUGGAGCCGCGGCAGCAUUACUGAGGCUGUCAAGGCGGCCAAGGCGGCCGGCGGCUUCAGCCUCAAGAUCGAGGUUGAGGUGCAGAGUGAGGAGGAAGCUGAUGAGGCGAUUGCUGCCGGUGCCGACAUUAUUAUGCUGGACAACUUCACUGGUGAGGGCGUCAGGGUCGCUGCUCGCAGCCUGAAGGAAAGGUGGGCUGGCAAGAAGCAGUUCUUGCUUGAGGUUUCCGGUGGUUUGACUGCCGACAACGCCGAGUCCUACAUUUGCCACGAUAUCGAUAUCCUUUCGACAAGCUCCAUUCACCAGGGCGUGCCGCACGUCGACUUUUCGCUCAAGAUCAAUGUCGAGAAGGGCACCGGCCCUGAAAUUUCGAGCUAAUGGAUUCAUAUAAUGAAAUUUUGAGUGCACGACACAUUGGUAUGAUACGUUACAAUUCAAGCAUGCAGUAUUACCCGGCUUCGAUGAGCUGGCUGUAAUAGGCCAAUUCAACCAUUGUGAGUGAUACGAACUUGGAGGAACUGGAGUUGCACAACAACAGGAGAUGAGCGCCACCAAAAUGGUACAAAAGUGUUAUGGACUGACGUAUCCGUGAUCAAUGCCAAACCUGGUGCAUUAUGUUCUCCAAAUUCCAGCACAUAGAUGGUUAUUUUGGUUCCAAUCCAGCCAUCCCAUGUUGUGCCACGUUGAAUAAUCUUCGAGUCUUGUUUUUGACACUCCUAGUGAGAUGGCCGCAAAAUGCUAUACCAUGGUUCACUGCGGGUUGCGCUUCAGUGAUAAUUAUUCCCACCCAAAUCGAUUUCGCCGCCCCUUUUCCCUAACGCCGACAAGCAAUAUAGUCUAGUAAUUCUAAUAAUCCUCAAUCGACGAUAUGUUCACCCCGUCGCCUCCUCCAAAAGCUGCGACACCGUCACAGCUUUGUAGCCCCUCCUCUGCAUCUCCGGCAACACCUUCCUCAACAUGGGCGGUGUCCAGCUCCUCCGAUCAUGACAAAUAAUGAUUCCCCCGGGGCUCAGCAUACUGAGGAUAUGCCUCGCAUUCAGCCAGGCAUACCCAAUCUGGGCAUCAUGUGGAUAUAUGCUCCCCAAAACCAAGCGAUACCCCAAUUUCCUCACCAGACUCAACAUCCUCUCGCUAAAGAACCCUGAUCCAGGCCGGUAAUAUUUGCCCUCGAUGACUUGCUCUUCGACGGUCCCUCCUUCUCUUGUUCUUGUAUCUCUUAUUUGUGUUGUCGUCGUCGUAUCUGUCCCACCUGUUGUUCUCCCCUCCUCUGCACCAUGGCCAGCACUGCCACCAGGCCACACCCUCCCCUCAGCCUCAUAAGCCUCUCGAAUCAAGCGCUCCACCUCCUUCAUCUGCCUCUCCAGCUCCUCAUCCGCCAGCUCCCUCGCCAUCUCAUCAUGCAUCCCGUGAUUCCCCAACUCAUGCCCUUGCCUCACUAUCUCCCUCAGGAUUUCCUCCCUUCCCCGCACUUGACCCCCAAUGACAAAAAACGUCGCAUGCGCCCCGCCCGCUUUCAAAGCCGCCAGGAUCUCUCUCGUGUGAUCGGACGGCGCAUCGUCAAUGGUCAGGGCCACAAUCUUGCGGUGCGGCGGCAACCAAAGGCGCCAGAGGACGUCGGUCCACCGUUGCGAAAAGUACC